AAAUUCAAUUCAGUUUGAGGUUAUGUUUUCAAUUUUCAUGCCUGUAAUGUACUUACUCUAGUUAAAUGGGUAGUGAUAGUAUUUUAUGGGUGAUUUUUGAUUUAUAAUUUAAAUGAGAUAAAAGCAAUUUUUAGGCAGACUCUCGGAAUAAACUGUACUAUUGACGAAUAAAAAAGUCAAAGAUGUCGUAUCCUGACAAAGAGAAAAGAAAGACUUGUUGGGACGCGAGAGAUCGGUACUGGGAAUGUCUCGAUAGGGAGAAUGUGAAAGAUAGUUCAGUGCGACCAAAAGCGUGUCUUGAUCUUCGAAAACUGUUUGAAACUUCGUGCCCUACGCAAUGGGUCACCCAUUUCGACAGAAAACGGGACUUUAGUGUGUACAAAGAAAAAAUACAAAAAGAGGGCUAUGAGCCUAUUAAAGAAUAACUUUUAUGUAGUUUUCUAUGUAAAUAUUGUUAACUAAUUUAGCUGUAGUAAAUUUAUUUAAAAUAUUAUAA